ACAAGGUGAAGGUCAUUGGCGGCGAUGACAAUCAGCUGAGAAGCGAUGAUGAAACGCUGUAGAUCGUUUUCAAAUGUCAGUUCUACAAUAUUUAUACCAAAAAAAGUUACUUGGGAAGAAGAUAAUAAUAAAGAAGAAGAAAAAUACUCUGCUAGCUACGGUCCGGGGGACGCUUCUUUGUCUAACACGAAUGGCGGCGGUUCUCAUCUCGUAGCAUUUUUACAAGAAUUAUUUAGCAAACAGGAUGAAAAUGAGGAACAAGUUUUGUCACUCGUUCUAGAAAGCUUAUCUAAGACGGACUCAAAUAACAAGAUAGGCCUUUUCGCUGAAGAGGUUCUUCGUAAUAAUCGGUUAACAAACGUCGUUGAUGACACACUCUAUAACCUGCAUUCCUCAUAUUCCGAUGCUUUUAUUAAAAGUCGUGAUUUUCUCCUACGCAAAGAUGGACCAUUACCUUACAAAUAUAGACAUUAUAUAGCUGUUAUUGCAAGUGCAAGACAUUAUUGUGAUUAUCUGAUUCGACUGCAUUCAUUCGAAUUCGUCUUACAAGAUGGUGAUAUAAACUGGUUUUCUGGUAUGCAAUGUUGUCCACAAAAACUCCGAGAUUUAAAUGAGCUAAAUAAACUAAUGGCUCAUCGACCUUGGUUGAUCGAUAAGACGCACAUUGAAAAAUUGACGAGGGGUCAGAGUAAAUGGACACUUUCUGAACUCAUGCAUGCUGUUGCCUUACUGGCUCAUUUUCAUUCUCUUUCUUCCUUUGUUCAAGGUGCUGGUAUUUCCAUUCGUCGUAAAGGUUUUGUGAGAUUAAUGGAUAAAAUUAAAGAUAUGAAAGAUGAGAAAAAGGACUUUACUGAACGAGAUAAGCCUAAUAUGGCAUCAGCCUUUCGUGUUCAUGAGUUUUCCUGGGAAGAUCAGGGCUUUAGCCUAAGCAAUAGGUUAUUUACUGACUUAGGAACAAUUUUAGAUGACAAGUUUAAUGCCGCUCUAUCGGAUGUUGACGCGUUUCGUCGAUCGGUUUGGGAUUACGUUCAGUGUUUAUUUGGAAUAAGACACGAUGAUUAUGACUAUAGUGAGAUGAAUGCCCUAUUAGAGAUGCCAUGGAAAAGUUAUAUAAAAAAAGUGGCUUGUAAACCUGAAGAAGUGGAACAGACGUUUGACCGUUUUCUUGAGCAAUAUGAUCAAACCGAAAAGAUUCGUAUAGUAUUGACCAUAGCAGAGGCUCGUCUACAAUCUGAAUUAUUAUAUGUCCUUCGAGCUAUCACUCGUUUUAUGACUGAAGUGGUAAGCUCAUCGGCCGAUGGGGCUAUUUUUUAUAGUCAGUUUGAUGUACCAGCAUACAACAGAGGAUUUCAUUGUCAUUCAAUGCCUGUCUAUGAAGUCUCUGUUCUACCCGAAGAAAAUCAUGUUUUUUUGUCCUGCAGUGAAGAUGGAACUGUAAGACGCUUUGAUCUUCAAACAAAAACUGAAUGUUCUUGCAACGGUUGCGAAAAGAAUAUAAUCUACAGACAGGGCAAAGCAAUAACAGCUAUGGCAGUUAACGAAAAUUAUCCUUAUCAGAUAGCUAUUGGAUGCGUUGACAAUUCUGUCUGCUUGUUAGAUAGUCGAAUGAUGUGUGGCAAACUGUACGCAAAAUUUCAGCUUCCUAGUUCCUCUCCCCAGCAUCGUGUAACUUCUUUAUCCUUCGACGAAACUGGGAAAAAUCUGCUUGCUAGUUUUUGUGGAGAGGAUAUUUAUCUAAUAGACCUGACAAGAUCUGAAGACGGUGAAUUUGUUUUACCACAAAAACAGACAGAAAAAUUGAAAAAAGUCGUACCUCGAAACAUACGUUUAAGAGGUGAUUGGACCGAUACAGGUCCUCGUGCAAUGCCGAGGGGAAGGGCAGAUCCAACCAGAGAAAGAACGCGAAGCGAAGUAUUGUUAAACCGAAUGACUGAUAUGUUGACUCGUUGGUAUAGUCGUCGAAGAGGAGACGAGCAGGUAUCAGAAAAUGAACCUACAAACUCUGCAUCAACUUCUUCGUCAUCCUCUAUGUCAUCAGAUUCUGAUCAUGAACCACCCUCUCCCUCACCACCGCCAGCACCUCAGUCUCCGGAAAAUGUUUUGUCUGCUGGACGAGGGACAGCCGUUCGAGAACGUUCAAAUGGUAACAACAAAGCCAAUUUUAAUUCAGUAGCAUCAUCUAGUGCCGAUACUGAUAAUGAAGACCAACAGUUGUUUAAGCCAAAGCUAUUGCAAGUUUUUAGAGGACAUAGAAAUUCAAGGACAAUGAUAAAGCAAUCUAAUUUUUGGGGAAAACAUCAUAUUAUAAGUGGCAGUGACUGCGGUCAUAUCUUUUUCUGGAGAAGAGAUUCUGGAAAUCUAGUUAUGAUAAUUGAAGCAGAUUCAAGAGUAGUCAAUUGUGUUCAACCUCAUCCUUUCGGUCCAGUUUUGGCCGCAAGUGGUAUAGAUUAUUCAAUAAAAAUUAUAACACCUACCGCUGAAAAGGAUGACUUUGAUCCUAGCGUUGCUGAAGAAUUAGUAAAGAGAAAUGCUGUGUUACUUGAGGAAUCUCGCGACACUAUCACCCUACCGGCUCUCUUCAUGCUCCGAAUGUUGCGUCAUAGUCUAAGCUCUCAAGAGCAUGAUGACAGAGAGAGUGAGAAUGCCGAAUAA